AUGUCUGGACUGCAGAUCAUCUCAUUCAUUAUCAUCAUCAGCUCUGUGUUACUACAAACUCACUCAGCUGAUGGUGAUGUUUACUCAGCUGUACUUCCACACACAGUAACAGCUCUGACAGACUCUUGUGUGCUGAUACCCUGCACAUUCAAUAUCAAUACAUUUGAGGAAAAACUGAAGGACAAAACACAGAUUUAUGGGAUUUGGCUGAAAAAGACACACGAAUUUGAAAAUGACAAGAGUACAGUAGUGUUUAACAGCAGUCAAAACAUCAUUCAAGGAUUCAGACACAUAGAGAUGAUUGGAAACCUCACUGAGAGAAACUGCAGCACUGUCUUCUAUAACAUCAUGAUGAAUCAUUCAGACCCGUAUUACUUCAGACUACAAAUGGAGCCAGAUGUGUUCAAAGCAACAUUUAACACCAAUCCAAAUAAUGCAAGUGAUUCAAGCAAGACUGUGAGGAUCAAUGUCAUAGAUUCACCACAGCCUCCUGAACUUAUAUUCAGUCCAGAUGUGUCUAAAUAUGUGAUGGAGGGCACUGCAGUGAAUCUGAUCUGCUCUGCUGAAGCUCCCUGUCCCAAACAACCUCCUACAUUAUCCUGGACUAACAUCCCCAAAUCUGCCAACAUUAUAACACAGUUACAGGAGAAACCUGAUAAAACUCAUUCAGUGUUUUCCUCAAUGACCUUCAAUGCUUCAUACAUGGAUCACAGGAUGAACAUCUCCUGCACUGCAACAUAUCCAAGAAACAUCUCCAAUAACACAACUGUGAACAGCACAGUAAUGCUGCAAGUUUCAUUUCCUCCAAAAGAGACUCGUAUCAUUAUUAAACCAUCUGCUUCAGUCACUGUGGGCACUAAUGUAACUUUCACCUGCCAAAGCAAAGCAAGUCCAUCAAAUAACAUGACUUACACCUGGUACAAACGUGGACAGAAGACACCUUUAGCUCAGGAAAAGAAGAUGAGCUUCAUUGUAACUCAUAAUAAUACAGGAUGGUAUUUCUGCACAGCAAUGAAUAAACAUGGCAACCAAUCAUCAGAAGAGAUUCAACUGUUAGUCACAGGUCAUCAAAGACCAUCAAUGAAUCCAGUGUCAGCUGGAGGGAUGUCUCUUAUCAGAGGAUUUUGGCUGAUGAUGAAACCCUCAUUAUCUACAAUGAAGAGAUUGACGUGUCAACGCUGCAGACUCAUCAUAACAACAGACUUCAGAUGUGAUGAACUCACAGAAAUACAGUACAUUCAAGUGUUAGAAUUAUCAUUGUUUAUUUUCUACAUAAAAUCAUCUUGCAAUGUAAAUAAUUUUUUUUUUAAUAUAACCAUGAUAUCUUUAAUAUUGACUAAGGUCAUGUCAAAAAUUUAAAUUGAGGUGAAAUCAAUGAUUGAAAAAAAUUUACCUGUAGACACCAAAACCUUCUGAAUGUAAGCAGUACUGAGCCUCUUCUUUAUUAAAUCAAUAAUUAAUCUGGUACAAACAACAACAGUCAGACAACAGAAAAAUAAUUUCCAUCCUUACUUUAAAUUUUACAGGAUGAUAUUGUGUACUUUCUUAUUCAAUGCACUUAAUAAAUAAACAGUCCUCAGUAAAGUCCCAGCUCACAGAUUAAUGUACAGUUAGUGUGAACCAGUAUUUAAAUAUCCACAGAUAUAUUAAGAGACAUAUUCAUUAUGUGUUGAAUUAUCUGUCCAACUUUCUUACUGCUGUGCAAGCUGCAUGCAUCUUAUAUACUGUAUUAUACAAAUUAAUAAACUGUA